UCGGGUACUCUCCUGCAGGGCUGUUUCCGGCUCGGUGUUGGUGGACCGGAGCGGGCCCGGGAGUUGCGAGUUCCCGGGGCCCCGGACCCGCGGAAGCACAGACUUAGCCCUGGCCGGCACGUCCUGUGCAGACCGGGAGCUUGGCCAGCUAAGCCCUACGGUCGGUCUGGGGCGUGGUCGGAGCCAGGCCGGCCUCGGGGGUUCCCGUGUCAGGGCCGCGUCACCGCACAAACUCCUCUCCGACUUCUUCUGUCCGGGGCCCGAGGCCUCGGACGGUCUGCACGAAACAGCACGGGAUGGCCGCCGGGUUCCGGACAGCUUCGUGUUGGGGGUUGUUGUCAUUCAAGGAUGUAUCUGUGGAGUUCACCCGGGAUGAGUGGCAGUUACUGGACUCUGCGCAGAAGUACCUGUACAGGGAUGUGAUACUGGAGAACUAUAGCCACCUGGUGUCUGUGGGGUAUCAUGGUACCAAACCUGAUUUAAUCUUCAAGUUGGAGCAAGGAGAGGAGCCGUGGAUAAUAAAUGCCAAAGUUUCCCGUCAGAGCUGUCCAGAAGAUUGGAAAGAAUGGUACCAGAAAAAUCCAGAUGAGCUUGAAAAUGUUGAGAGAACUUAUGCUUGUAGUGCAUUUGGAAAACUUAAUCUGAGCAGAACCCAUGUUUCUUCAAGACAGAGAAUCCAUAAGUAUAACACACAUGGAAGAGGUUUGACACAAAACUCAGGUUCAACCAGAAACUGUCUGAGAAAAAAUCCUGAUAAGUUUCAUGGAUACGAAGAAUCAUAUUUUCUUAAGCAUCAAAGAGCUCACAGUAUAGAAAAAAACUGUGUGUGUAACGAAUGUGGGAAAGCUUUUCGUUGUAAAUCACAGUUGAUCGUCCAUCUGAGAAUUCAUACGGGAGAGAGGCCUUACGAAUGCACGAAAUGUGAAAGGGCGUUCAGUGCGAAGUCAAACCUCAAUGCUCACCAGAGAGUCCACACGGGAGAGAAGCCCUACUCCUGCAGCGAGUGCGGGAAAGUUUUCUCUUUCAGGUCACAGCUCAUCGUCCAUCAGGAAAUUCACACUGGAGGGAAACCUUACGGCUGCAGUGAUUGUGGGAAAGCCUAUAGCUGGAAAUCACAGCUCAUUUUACACCAGAGAAGCCACACAGGAGUGAAACCUUAUGAGUGUGGCGAGUGUGGGAAAGCCUUUAGUCUGAAGUCCCCGUUUGUUGUACACCAGAGGACUCACACGGGAGUGAAGCCCCAUAAGUGCAGCGAAUGUGGGAAAGCCUUUAGGAGCAAGUCCUACCUCCUGGUUCACAUCAGGAUGCACACAGGCGAGAAACCUUACCAGUGCGGUGAUUGUGGGAAAGCCUUCAAUAUGAAGACACAACUUGUUGUUCACCAGGGAAUCCACACGGGAAAUAAUCCUUAUCAGUGCGGUGAAUGCGGGAAAGCCUUCGGUAGGAAGGAGCAGCUCACUGCGCAUCUGAGAGCACAUGCCGGGGAGAAGCCCUACGGGUGCAGUGAGUGUGGGAAGGCUUUCAGCAGUAAAUCCUACCUCGUUAUACACAGGAGAACACACACAGGAGAGAGACCCUAUGAAUGUAGUUUCUGUGAGAGAGCCUUUUGUGGGAAAUCACAGCUAAUUAUACACCAGAGGACUCACUCAACAGAGAAGCCCUACGAAUGCAGCGAAUGUGAGAAAGCCUAUCCUAGGAAGGCUUCACUUCAGAUACACCAGAAGACUCAUUCAGGAGAGAAACCUUUUAAAUGUAGUGAAUGUGGGAAGGCUUUCACCCAGAAGUCGUCCCUCAGUGAACAUCAGAGAGUUCAUACAGGAGAGAAACCGUGGAAAUGCUCCGAAUGCGGGAAGUCCUUCUGUUGGAAUUCAGGGCUUCGUAUACAUCGAAAAACUCACAAAACUCGUCUAGGGGAGAAACUCUAUGAAUGCAGUGAAUGUAGGAAACGCUUCACUAAGAGAUCAAGUCUCAUUAAACAUCAGACCAGACACAUAAGGGAGAUAGCCUAUGGCUGUGGUAAGUGUGGCAAAACCUUUCCCCAGAAGUCACAGUUUGUUACACAUCACAGGACUCACACAGGAGAGAAACCUUACAAUUGUAGCCAGUGUGGGAAAGCCUUCUCCCAAAAGUCACAGCUCACAUCCCAUCAGAGGACACACACAGGAGAGAAACCAUAUGAAUGUGGUGAAUGCGGGAAAGCCUUCUCCCGGAAGUCCCAUCUCAUAUCACACUGGAGGACACACACAGGUGAGAAACCCUAUGGGUGCAACGAAUGUGGAAGGGCCUUUAGUGAGAAGUCAAAUCUUAUUAAUCAUCAGAGAAUUCAUACAGGAGAGAAACCUUUUGAAUGCAGAGAAUGUGGGAAGGCCUUCAGCAGGAAAUCACAACUCGUUACACAUCACCGGACUCACACAGGAACAAAACCCUAUGGGUGUAGUGAUUGUAGAAAAGCCUUCUUUGAGAAAUCAGAGCUCAUUAGACAUCAGACAAUUCAUACUGGAGAGAAGCCCUAUGAAUGCAGUGAAUGUCGUAAAGCAUUCAGAGAGAGGUCAAGUCUCAUUAACCAUCAGAGGACUCAUACAGGAGAGAAGCCUCAUGGGUGCAUUCAGUGUGGGAAAGCCUUCUCCCAGAAGUCACAUCUCAUAUCCCAUCAGAUGACACACACAGGAGAGAAACCCUUUGUAUGCAGUAAAUGUGGGAAAGCCUUCAGCAGGAAAUCUCAGCUUGUCAGACAUCAGAGAACUCACACAGGAGAAAAGCCCUAUGAAUGCAGUGAGUGCGGGAAGGCUUUCAGUGAAAAAUUAAGCCUUACUAAUCAUCAGAGAAUUCACACAGGAGAAAAGCCUUAUGUGUGCAGUGAGUGUGGGAAGGCCUUUUGUCAGAAGUCCCAUCUCAUAUCACAUCAGAGAACUCAUACAGGAGAGAAGCCCUAUGAAUGCACUGAAUGUGGGAAAGCUUUUGGUGAGAAGUCCAGUCUCGCAACUCACCAGAGAACUCAUACAGGAGAGAAACCAUACGGGUGCAGGGAUUGUGAAAAAGCCUUCUCCCAGAAGUCACAGCUCAAUACUCACCAGAGAAUCCACACAGGAGAGAAACCCUACGAAUGCAGUCUUUGCAGGAAAGCUUUCUUUGAGAAAUCUGAGCUAAUUAGACAUCAGAGAACUCAUACAGGAGAAAAACCUUACGAAUGCAGCGAAUGUGGGAAAGCCUUUAGGGAGAAGUCAAGUCUCAUCAAUCAUCAGAGAACACAUACAGGAGAGAAACCCUUUGAAUGCAGCGAAUGUGGAAAAGCCUUCUCUCGGAAAUCACACCUCAUACCGCACCAGAGGACACACACUGGGGAGAAGCCCUACGGAUGCAGUGAAUGUAGGAAGGCCUUCUCUCAGAAGUCACAGCUUGUUAACCACCAGAGAAUUCAUACAGGAGAGAAACCUUACCAAUGCCAUGAAUGUGGGAAAGCCUUCUCCCAAAAGUCACAGCUCAUUAAUCACCAGAGAACUCAUACAGCAAAGAAAUCCUAGGAUUGGAGUUAAUAUUAGUCUUUGACAGAGACCUUACCUCUUUGUACUUCAGAAAAUGCAGUUAUGGUAAACCUUUCAAAUAAAUAGUCACAUCACAUUGUAGGUCUGAGUAAUCUUUUAGGGUAGGAACUCUAAGUGAGGUUAUGUAGGGAAAGUUUUCAGCUGAUUAACAUGCUUAUAUAGGAACUCAUGGAGUAGAAUGAGCCUAUGAGAUGCAGUGGAUUUUAAAAGCUUGGCAAGCAUACAGUAGGAAAUUAAUAGCAAAGAUGAGUACUGUGAACAUCAGAAAGCUUUGCAGAGGCCACAUCUCAUUAGCUGUUGGAAAUAUGCCCACUGGGGGUAAACCCUAAUCCAGCAAAUGAAGAAAAACCCCAUGAAUGCGGCAAGUGAGGUAAUAUUUCCAUCAAGAAAUCACAGCUCAUUGUGCAUUAAAAUACUCUCAGGAAUGAAGCUCUGUGAAAAUACUAAAUAUGGGACACUCUUCAGCAGGUAAUCCAACCAUAUUUUUUUGGGUGGGGGGGAUUUACAUUGUGGGUAAGCCUAAUGAUUGAAAGAAAUGGGAAACGUGCCCCUAGAAAUAAGGCUAUAAAGGGAAGCCAUACAUUUUUUUAUAGACGUGGUUAUUAGAAACCCCAUACUGAUGAUUGACAUGUUCAUUCUGAAGUAUGAAGUUUUAAAAAUAUGUGAAUAAAUUGAAUCAUUGAAACAUCUAGAUAAGACAUUUCUCAGUGGUACUUAUGGUUUAUUUUCCUGUGUCACACAGUGUGUCUCAUAUUUUGGAAUCACAUAUGAUGAUGUAAUUGUGAGCAUGAAAUGCACAUACCUUGUAGUAGUGCCUCUGAUGUCAGGACAUAAUCACAUGCCACUGGUUUUUCUGUUUUAAUGAUACUAUUGAAAUGGCAAUUGGUAUAACAUGUCUUACUGUUAAGUACGCAGCUUAAUAACACCACAUCUCUUUUUUUCCUUAUGGCUUGUUGGCAUAUAAACGGGUCUGUGGUUGCUGAUGUUUCUCUUCCGUUACGAAAGCCAACAUUAUAUAAAGUCUGCAAUCUCAGACUCAAACAAUUUACCUAAUACCUGGUUAACGAGUAUUCAAAGACAGGAACGCAAAACGCAAUAGUGACUCGUUGUGUACUGAGUGAGCAAAAGAAAGGCGUGUGAAUUGUGUCACACAGCACUCGAGCUAAAUGGCAGUAGUGCUGUCCAGGUGUUGUUCUCAUUCAGUGUGGUGCCUUUGUGCAUCCAGUGUACGUACAUCAAGUGCUGUGUGCCCAAGUACAGCUUGUAUUUAAGUUACUCUGAUGAAAUCUGCUGUGUGCUAUUGUUUUCAGUGUUUCAUAAGAUAUUUUGUGGAAAAGCUAGGGGGAGAAACCAGUUAUUUAGGGGUCACUUUCAGAAAAUGUAAAGUAUAGAUUUUUUUGUGCUGAGAAAUAUAUUUUUGAUGUAUUCAAGGAAGCCAAUUUUACCUUCCUGCACAUUUCUGUGAUGUCCGGACAGGUAUUAGGAAGUAGGCCUUUCACUGCUUCAUCAUUUGAAGUAUCUGUGCUUUGCCUCUCUUCACCAGCUGCACCGUGCACAUGGUGAUCCUGUUGUGAACCUUUCAUUGUAAGUAGGGCUCGCUUUGACAGUGCAUGAACCACCCCUUAGCUCAGGUGGAACUUUGCAGUGAUCUUUAUAAUGAUCCUUGACAAAGUGUAUAGUAUUCUUUGUAUGAUGGUGAAAUUCAGAAAAGUCCUGACUUUGAUUCCAGACUUGGGAAAAUCAAGACUUCUUUCAUGCACAAGGUGCUGUGUCUGCACCUUUGAGUUUACCAGUAUUCUUCCCUGUAAUUACCAAUUUUACAUCAUUGUUGAAAAAUUGGGAAUUCAAUGAGAGUAAUUUUCUAAUCCACUACACCAGGAUGGUAAUUUUAAAAGUAUCUAACUUCCCAAAUUUUUAUUCAUGCUCAAACAUAUGGACUUCCUGCUUUUCUCCCUCAAACCUGAAGGGGAUUUUAUCAACUUCAUUUGUAAAUGAAUAGUUAUAGGGUUAUGUUUUACUUUGUAGAUUCUCCCAUUUUUAAAUUUUUAUCUCUCCUGAUUCUCUUCCCUAGUCCCAGAUAUUGAUUCAUUAGUUCUUGGAUUGAGUUUGGAGUCUGUUGUCUAAAAAUGACCUAAUUUUUCUCACUUCAGUUCUAGAUUGUUCCAUUUACUAUUAAGGAGUUAAACCCAGUAGUUUACUCUCUAGAUAACCGAACUUUGGCUUUAGCCUACUGGUUGAAUACCGAAGAGCAGAUUUUUUCCUUAGGGGUCAUGUGUCAGUCAUAGGGAGUGCUAACGCUGGCAACAGAGGCCUUGUUUAUCAAAAUACCUUACGUGGAGACCCAGGUAUGCUGUGUAGAACUCACUGGGUACUCUCUUUCUGAAGAGGGGUCUUUGAUUCUGAAAUUAGAUAUUUUCAGUGUCCACGUUUUAAAUUACCUUGGUAAACCACAAAAAAACACGAGUCCCCCCAUUUCCCCUACCACAAAUCCCACAUCAAGAAGAAAGCUGGUUUUGAUGCUAAGAGGGAUUUACUUGCAGCUUCAUGGAGCAUAGUAGCUGAUGUUGGUAGAAUGCAUAGGGAGAGCAUCCCCUCCCUCCUCUUUCACCACCCAGGUUCCCCCACUGUCCUGGAAGACAGUUCUGCCAAGGACAGUUCUACUGUAUUCCUUUUACCAAGUAAUGGAUCAUUUGGAGAUCAAGUCUGUGAGUCUUGGGGAGUGCCUUUCUAUUCAGUGUUUCUUUGUGGGCUUUUGUAAUCUGACACCAUUCUCUCUAUGGAUCCAAUGUUCUGGGUAUUUUGAUCUCAAGAUCAUCGCCUGUAGAACCUGAGGUGAAAUAAACCCAAAGAAUAUCCAAUUUAUCCAGCAAUACCUGUACCAAUAGAAGAAUAUAGAUCAGUGGGCAUCUGGAAUCUACAUCCGAGGCUUCCCUCAUUUGGCCGUUUAUUCCAGCAGUAUAUGCUCAGGUUGUCAGCUCUGCUGGGUUCAUGAGUCUACAGAUACGGUACCAGCAAGCUGCUAGGUGUUCAGCACCUAGUCUGGCCUAUGCUGAUGUGCUAACCCAACCAUGACCCUUGUAGCUGUAAGUAUAAUUUCUUGCACCUUGCCUUCAUUCUUUUUUUAGUCCAUUUUCCACACUACACAUAGUAUUUUAAGGUGCAAUUCUGAUUAUACACUUCUGUGUUGAAACAGCAGGUAGCUAAUUGUGGACUUAAUGAGGACUUCUGUAUAAAUCCGUCCUAUCCAUCAUUUCUGAAUAUCUUUCCUCCUGCACAGUACUUUUUGGCCUCCUUGAACUACUUGCAGUUCCUUCGUAUUUCUACAAUCUCACAAGUCUCCUGUCACUGAAAUGCCCAUGUUCCUUAUUAAUGCUUGGCCAUCCUUUAUGAACCGCACAUGUGUUUGUCACUGUGGUAAUACAAUCAUCGCAUGUCUUGUCUUUUCCAUUAGAAAGCUUCUGGAAACCUGGGACUAUCUUGUUUGUCUAUACGGUUUUAGCAACUGAGGUUGUAAUCUAUGAACGUGGGUGCUCACGGUGGCUGCUUUCCACCACAUAGGGAAGCAUAGUCUGCAGUGAGGGAGAAGAGUGAAGCCUGGAAGCUUAUUCCGGGACCCGGUUCUUGUCCUGAUGUCCAGACUCACAUCUGCCCUUUUCAUGCCUUGGUUGUUGCAUUCUUCUGUGAGAUAUCCCAAAUACCCUUUUAAUAAAUUCUCAUGCUUGCUUCA